AUGAAAAGAAAAGCCUUCAGGGUCAUUGGGCAGGAAAUGCGUCAAAGCAGAGGGAACAGCAUCAUCACAGUUUGCAUUUUACCAUCUAGCAUCAUGAUAGCUAAACUUUGUGUAGAAGGCCUCCAGGUUCUGAUCACGUCUGGUCGUGGCAGACUCCCGUCAGUCUCUGGCUCUCAGGCUGAGGUCCUCGAUCAGGUCUCAGGUGAGGCUCAGGUCUGGUCUCUGGCAGAGCUUCAGUCUCCCCCUGGCAAAGUCAAGGAAGCAGUGAAGGCAGCCAUUGACGCUGGUUAUCUCCACAUUCACUGUCCAUAUACCUAUUAGAACAGGAAGGAGGUGGGAGAAGCCAUCCCAGAGAAGAUCAAAGAGAAGGUUGUGAAGCGGGAGGACCUCUUCAUUGUGAGCAAGUUGUGGUCCACCUUCUUUGAGAAAGGCCUGGUGAAGAAAUGCUUUCAGAAAACCCUCACGGAUUUGAAACUAGACUAUCUGGACCUCUACCUUAUUCAUUGGCCACAAGGACUUCAGGCUGGGAAUGUGUUAUUCCCCACAGAUGAGAAAGGAAAUAUUGUCCUCAGUAAAUAUACAUUCUUGGAUGCCUAGGAGGGCAUGGAGGAGCUUGUGGAAGAAGGAUUAGUGAAAGCCCUGGGCAUCUCCAACUUCAACCACUUCCAGAUUGAAAGGCUCUUGAACAAGCCUGGACUGAAACUUAAACCAGUGACCAAUCAGAUCGAGUGUCACCCAUACCUCACCCAGGACAAACUGAUCCAGUACUGUCACUCCAAGGGCAUCGGCAUCACGGCCUACAGCCCCCUGGGCUCUCCAGACAGACCUCAUGCCAAGCCAGAUGACCCUGUAGUACUGGAGAGUCCCAAGAGCAAGGAGAUCACGACAAAGUACAAGAAAACCCCAGCCCAGGUUCUGAUUCGGUUCCACAUCCAGAGGAAUGUGGUGGUAAUCCUCAAGUCUGUGACACCCUCACACAUACAUGAGAACUUUCAGGUAAGAAACUUUCAGUUGAAUGAAGAGGAGAUGGCUGCCAUUCUCAGCUUCAACAAAAACUGGAGGGCCUGUGGUGUCUUUGCUUAA